AUGGCUUCAUUGGCGUUUAUCAACUGGCCCGGCUACGUCAACAACGGGGAGUACUGUUACCUGCCCGCCCGCCCCGAAUGGGCAAGACUCGCCCUGAGCUGGGUUCCCCGCUACAUGAUCUUGCUCACCAUUGUUGCGCUUUACGCCUACAUCUAUAUCUAUGUCACUCUUCGCAUGCGGCGUUUCGGUCGACUCAGUGCCAUGCGACGUGCGAGUGCAACACAUAUGUUAGACGAUGGGCAGUGGGCCCAUAUUCCAUCGGUGCCAGCCACCCCAACAUCACGCCGCGGGUCGGAAACCUCGGUGGAAGACUCGGAUCAGCAACGUACCUCUUCCACAAACACUACUAUGACCACCGAGAUUGAGCUUCUCCACAGCCGGCAGAAGAUUCAAUGGAACUGGCCGAGCUAUGGAAACGAGGACGAUGGCCGCAUCCCGGAAUCCGAUGAUAAUGUCUCCCCCCGUGUAUUCGAGGCCAGCACAAGUCCACUUUCCACCAACUUUGAACCUAUUUCGCCUCCUCCGCAAAGCUACAUACGCCGGGAUACGGUCGACUUGAAUCCGGCCCAGACAUAUUAUGAUCACGGAAGCUUCAGCACUCAGUGGCAACCACCCAGCAGCCCAACAAGCGCCCGAGCCAAGUCGCUCGCCAACAUCUGGUCAAUCCUCCGUCGAGGCACCUCUCUCGACUCUGACAUAGACCACAACAAUACUCCCUUUCUUUACCAUCCUACUAUUGACGGCACAGGAAUGGCAAAGACUCGCGACAAGAUUCGUCGCCAACUGCGACUACUUUUUGUUUACCCACUUGUAUACAUACUCAUUUGGGCGGUUCCUUUUGUUGCCCACGUCAUGCGCUGGGACAACCCAGAGCAAGCUGGCCCCUUCGUGGUUGUGCUUUUAUCACUUGUGAGCCUGUCAAUACAGGGUCUUGUUAACGCAUGUCUAUUUUGUGCCGUAGAAAAGCCGUGGAUAGACACGCAAGCCAAACAUCGGAGGACGCCGUCUAAAUUACGGCGGGAUAAAGACGAAGCCCGGCAACGGGCAGGAAGGAGAACAUCGGUAGCGUAG